AUGGCCAAAGAACAAGGUGGCGUCCUUUCCGGUCACAAUCCGGCUUCUUAUAAUGCUGGCGAACCGAUUACUUUAUUCAUAAUACAAGCAGUUCUCAUCAUCUUCUUUACACGUAUUGUCCAUUUUGCGAUAUCACCUCUACGACAACCACGUGUUAUUGCCGAAGUAGUUGGUGGAAUUUUACUCGGUCCAUCGGUUAUGGGCCGUAUUCCUGGAUUUCAACAAGCCAUCUUUCCUACCGAAUCCAUUCCUUUGCUCAAUCUACUUGCAAACAUUGGUUUGGUCUUGUUCUUGUUCAUUGUUGGUGUGGAAUUGAAUCCAAAAAUAUUGAUAAAAAAUGGUAGAGCUUCUACUACGAUUUCGUUAGCUGGAAUCAUUUUACCUUUUACUUUUGGUGUCGGUGUAGGUUAUGGAUUGUAUACUCAACUUAGUGAUCAGUCUGUUCCUUUUAGUAGUUAUCUACUUUUUAUUGGUGUCGCAAUGUCAAUUACGGCCUUUCCAGUACUUGCACGUAUUUUAACAGAAUUAAAUUUAUUAAAAACAGUAGCAGGAUUAACGGCAUUUUCAGCCGGCGUUGUAGAUGACGUAGCUGCAUGGAUAUUAUUGGCUUUGGUUGUUACAAUCAUCAAUUCAUCAAAUAUGCUUACCGCAUUGUACAUCUUGUUACUUGCUAUUGCUUGGGUUCUUAUAGUAGUGUUUGCCGUUCGUCCUAUAUUAUUAUUUUUUAUUCACAAGACUGGAAGUAAUGAUAAUGGUCCAACAUUGACAAUGACCGCCAUAACAUUGUUAACGGUGCUUACUUCUGCUUUUGUUACAAACAUAAUUGGUAUUCAUGCCAUUUUUGGUGGUUUUGUAAUUGGUGUUAUUAUGCCGCACGAGGGUGGUUUUGCUGUUGGUAUUACUGAAAAAAUUGAAGAUUUAGUUAAUGUUUUAUUUUUACCAAUUUAUUUUGCAUUAUCGGGAUUGAAAACACAAAUUGGACUUUUGAGUGACCCUAAUGCUUUUGGAUGGGUGAUUUUAGUUACGGUGGUUGCAGUGUUUUGUAAAAUUUCUGGCUGUACACUCGCAGCUAAAUUAAAUAAAUUAACAUGGAGAGAUCUUGUUGAAUUGAUUGUUCUUAAUAUUGGUUUUGAUGCUGGAGUUAUUGAUGCCAAAGUUUUUGUUAUCAUGGUUAUAAUGGCACUUAUAACAACAUUUGCUACAACACCGUUAGCACUAUGGUUAUAUCCACAUAAAUAUCAACGAAAAUUCGAAUACAAACCUGAAACUAAUAAAUUGGAUGAUAUUGACGAAAAAGAAGCGACUGGUCACUCAGUUUAUUCAUCAUCAAAGGCAAAAAAGGAUAAAAAUUUAUUGGUGGUUUUAGAUAAAGUUGAAUUUCUUCCAGCUAUGAUGACACUCAUUCAACUGUUACAAACUUCUUCAUCGCUUUAUCCUGCAUUAUCAACAAUAUCAACUACUGAUCCUCAACCCACUUCCUCGACAAGAGAAUCUACCGCAACAACAACUACCACUGUAACCACUUCAGCAAAAAAUUCCGAUUCCGUUACUGAUAAAGCAACUACUGUUGCUGUUGAUAAGAAUAGAAAAAAUUCAGCAUCGAGCUCAUCAGAUGGAAAUAGUAGUGAUAGUUUGACCGUUCACGUGCUAAGGCUUGUGGAAUUGACACAACGUAUAUCAACAGUUAUUAAAUUCAGUGAAAGUGAAGAAACUAUUUUGCACGAUCCAAUUAUGAAUGUAUUUAGAACUUUUGGCAAAUUAAAUUUUGUCAAUGUUAAACCUAAUCUUGCCAUAGUAUCGAGACAAGAUUUUGCUCAACAAAUAGCAGAUAGUACCAGUGAAAACAAUGCUGAUUCGGUUAUUGUGCCAUGGGGUGGUGCAGGUGCUGUUAUUGAGGAUCCAUCGAAUAUGUUUGAAGAGAUGAUUGGAUCACAUAAAAAUAAAUCAACUAGUCCUCAAGUAUCAAAUUAUAUUCAAGGGGUUUUCAAUCUAUUGUCGGAGCAGGCUAAUGUUUUUGUUUUCGUUGACAGGGGACUUGGUUUUUCAAGACAAAAAACUUCUAAAGAUUUGCCCGCUUCAACUUCAGGCGGGUUUGUCAAAAUUUUCUUACCGUUUUUUGGCGGUAAAGAUGAUAGAGAGGCGUUAAAAUUUGUUGUGAAGUUAGUUAAAAAUCCUAAUGUUGAAGUUGAAGUUAUGAUAAUCAUAAAAUCAAAUGAACCAACAGAUAAUGAUGCAGUUUUGGAAACUAAUUUGGCACUUCAUGAAGGCGAAGAAGAACCUGAAGGUUCUGCUAAACCACCUCUUACACACAAGGUUUCAAUUGCAUCAACGGUUCUUAGUGGUGGUGAAGGACAUGAAUCAAAAAAAUUGGAUGAUGAACUAAUUGAAAAAUACAAAAAACAAAAAAAUAGUCGUAUCAGAUAUACUGAUGUGUUGUCGGCAACACCAUUACAAACUGCGGUUGAGAAAGCCAAGAAAAUAGUGGAACGUAAAGAUUUGGUAGUCAUAGGACGUGGUAGAUAUAGUAGUGGCGCACUCAAUCAUAGAGCUGAAUUUUUGGAGGUGAUUAAGAAUAUUGGAGGUAGUUAUGGUGACGAGACACGUAAAUCUUUGGGAGACGUUGCCGAAUCAUUUUUGUUUGGUGGAGUUUCUUCAAGUAUUUUGGUAGUGCAAUCAAAGAAAACUUCUAAAACCGUCGACACCAAUGAUGAAGAUGAUAUUAUCACUGAAUCUAGGGUCGUCGAUAUGGUUUAA